AUGAAAAAUAUGACUGAUUUGAAUGCACCACAGGUUCUACUACAACAACGGGUUUUCCUACGUUUCCGUUUUUUGGCUCCAGGGAUGUUAUCUGCGUGUAGCUUCAAACGCUUACAAAGCUCGAGGGCCCUUUUCAGCAAGAGGCUAUUGAGUUCAUCUUCAAUAGCCUUGGGUCAGAAUUAUACCGAGAAGAUUGUGCAGAAGUACGCUGUUGGGUUACCCCAGGGCAAGUUGGUCCACAGUGGUGAUUAUGUUACUAUCAAACCAGCACAUGUGAUGUCCCAUGACAACUCGUGGCCCGUUGCCAUGAAGUUCAUGGGUUUGGGUGCUUCCAAGGUGAAAGAUAACAGGCAGAUUGUCAAUACCUUGGACCACGAUGUCCAGAACAAGACUGAGAAGAAUUUGACCAAAUACAAGAACAUCGAGGAGUUUGCCCGUUCUCAGGGAAUUGAUUUUUACCCUGCUGGAAGAGGUAUCGGUCACCAGAUUAUGAUCGAAGAAGGAUAUGCAUUUCCAGGUAACUUGACUGUGGCCUCUGACUCUCAUUCAAACACAUACGGUGGUAUUGGUGCCCUUGGUACUCCCAUCGUGAGAACAGAUGCCGCGUCUAUUUGGGCUACUGGCCAGACUUGGUGGCAAAUUCCACCCGUGGCCAAGGUUGAGCUCGUUGGUGAGCUUCCUGAUGGAGUCACUGGUAAGGAUGUGAUUGUCGCUCUUUGUGGUCUGUUCAACAACGACGAGGUGCUCAACCAUGCCAUUGAAUUCACCGGUGAGGCUGUCUCAAAAUUGUCUGUUGACUACAGACUUACCAUUGCCAACAUGACCACAGAAUGGGGUGCUCUUUCGGGUGUUUUCCCAAUAGAUCAAACUCUGAUAAACUGGUAUACCAACAGAUUGCUCAGAGUUGGACCAAAUCACCCCAGAAUAAACCAAACCACAAUUGAGAGGUUGACCACCGAGGCCACUGUGGCCGAUCAAGACGCAUUUUACGCUAAGACUCUUACGGUUGACCUUAGCUCGCUGUCGCCAUACAUCUCGGGCCCAAACUCCGUCAAGAUCUCCACUUCUUUGGCUGAUCUUUCUGCCCAGAAUAUCAAGGUCGACAAGGCCUACCUCGUGUCGUGCACAAACUCGCGUUUGAGUGAUAUCAAGGCUGCUGCAGACGUUGUCAAGGGCCACAAGGUUGCCCCAGGUGUUGAAUUCUACAUUGCCGCUGCUUCUUCCGAGGUCCAGAAGGACUCCGAGGCCGAGGGUGCUUGGAGUACUCUCUUGGAGGCUGGUUGCACUCCACUUCCUGCUGGUUGUGGCCCAUGUAUCGGUCUGGGUGCUGGCCUGCUGGAGCCUGGUCAGGUGGGUAUCUCUGCCACCAACAGAAACUUCAAGGGUAGAAUGGGAAGCAAAGAUGCUUUGGCCUACUUGGCCUCCCCAGAGGUUGUUGCCGCUUCUGCCAUUCUUGGCAAGAUUGGAGCACCCGAGGAAGUGUUGGGUAAAGCUGUUGAACCACUUAGAGAUAUCAAGAAAACUAUCACCAUCAACGAGAAGCCAGCAGGCGAAUCCGAGGAGGUUGCUGCUGGUGAGACCUUGCCAGGAUUCCCAAGCUCUAUAGAAGGUGAGCUCAUUCUUUGUGAUGCCGACAAUAUCAAUACCGAUGGUAUCUACCCAGGUAAGUACACUUAUCAGGACGAUGUUCCCAGAGAGAAGAUGGCUGAGGUUUGCAUGGAGAACUACGACUCCGAGUUUGGUUCAAAGACAAAUGCCGGUGAUAUCAUUGUGAGUGGUUACAACUUCGGUACCGGGUCUUCGAGAGAACAGGCCGCUACGUGCAUACUUGCCAGAGACAUGAAACUUGUGGUUGCAGGUUCCUUUGGAAACAUCUUUUUCAGAAACUCUAUCAACAAUGCUCUCUUGACGUUGGAAUUGCCCAAGUUGAUUGACUUGCUGAGAAAGAAGUACGCUGAUGCCCCCAAAGAGCUGACCAGACGUACCGGAUGGAAGCUGAGAUGGGACGUCACCUCCUCUACUGUCACAGUAACAGACGAGGCAGGAAACGUUGCUUUGAAGGAGAAAGUUGGUGAAUUGGGAACUAACCUGCAGGACAUCAUCAUCGAGGGUGGUCUUGAAGGAUGGGUGAAAACCCAGCUGAAGAACACUCCGCAGUAG